AUGUCUUCUUUCUGUUUAGUUGAUUUCUUAACUCAUUCUUUUUGUUUUUCUUUCUUUCUUUCUUUUCUCAUCUCGCUUUCUUUCUUCUUUCUUAACUAUUUUUGUUUUGUUUUAUUCUUUGUUACGAUUUUUCUAAUUUCAUGUCAUGUUCAUUUAUUAGUUAUCUCCAUUUUUUUUUUAAAUCAUUCAUCAUUUUUUUCAGUACACAUCUAUUUCAUCCUUACUCUCCCUUUUUCAUUAGACACAUUUUCUUACUCUCUCUCCUUUUACUUAUUCUCCUUACUCUCCUUUUUCUUUCUUAGACACAAUUUCUUACUCUCUUUCCUUUUUCUUACUCUCCUUACUCUCCUUUUUCUUCAUUACACAUUUUUUUACUCAUUCUCCUUUUUCUUAAUCUCCUUUUUUCCCUUACUGACUUUUCAGGCUACUUCCUUUCAUCAUUCAUUCCUUUGUCUGUUUAUUUGUUUCUUUCUUUUUUACACUAUUUCUUUUUACAUUGACUGCUUAUUUUUCUCUUUCCGAUAUAUUUUUGCCUUCGUUUUUCUUACAAACCGUUUUUAUUAUCUUUCAUUUAUCGUUCAUUUCUCGUUCUUAAUAAACCGCAGUCUUUCUCUUUACGUCAUUCAUUUAUUCUUCCCUUGUACACUCUCAUUUUUUUCUUUGAUUCAUUCAUUAAUUAGCCAUCUAUAUUUAACUUUAUUUAUUCUUCUUCUCUUCUACCUUGGUUCUAUUUUCUUACUUUCUUUUCUCUCUUUUUUUUUUCUUAUGAUUUCAUUUUUUCUUUCUUUCUUUCUUUCUUUCUUUCUUUUUUUUCUUUCGUUUUUCUUUCUUUCCUUCUUCAUUUCUUUCUAUUCUCUUUCUUUUUUUCUAUUCUUCAUUUUUUUCUUUCUUUCUUUCUUUUUUCUUUCUUUCUUACAUCCCUUCUUUCUUUCUCCUUUCUUUCUUUUUUCUUUCGUUUUUCUUUCUUUCCAUCUUCUUUUUCGUCUUCUUUUCUUUCUUUCUUUCUUUCUUUCUUUCUUUUUUAGCUCCCUUCUUUCUUUCUCCUUUCUUUCGUUUUUCUUUCGUUUUUCUUUCUUUCCAUCUUCUUUUUCGUCUUCUUUUCUUUCUUUCUUUCUUUCUUUCUUUCUUUCUUUCUUUCUUUCUUUCUUUCUUUCUUACUUAGCUCCCUUCUUUCUUUCUCCUUUCUUUCAUUUUUCUUUCGUUUUUCUUUCUUUCCAUCUUCUUUUCUUUCUUUCUUUCAUUUUCUCUUUCGUUUUUUUUUGUUACUUUCUUUGUUUUAUUCUUUCUUUCCUUCCUUCUUUUUUGUUUUUUCCAUCUAAUUUCAUUAUCGUCAUUUAUUUCUUCACGUUUUCUCUUUCAUAUGUUAUUUAUGUUUCUUCGCUUUCCAUUUACCCUUCUAUAUGUGGCUCUUUUCUUUCUUCUUUUUACGUAUGGUACUUUUCCUUAACAUUUUCUUCUUUCCUCAUCAGACAUUUUCUAUUUUUCUUUCUUUUUUUCACAUCUCAUCGGACUCUUUUCUAUCUUUCUCUCUUCCUUCGUUUAUUUCUUCUUCUUUUUUUUCCUUUGAGGAUCUCUUUUUUUACACGGCAUCUUUUACGACUUCCUAAUCACAUUUCUUUCUUUCGGAAAUGUUUUGUUUUUGGUCUCUUUUCUUCUUAUUCUUUGUCUCGCCCAUUUUUACAAACAUGUUUACUUUUUAUUUGUCUGGAAUGA